AUGACAAUGACUACAAUACCAGAAAGUCUUAAUAGCCCUGUCUCAGGAAAAACCGUUUUCAUGGAAUUUGGGCCACCGAGUCAACAAAUGUCGCCUUCCUCAAUGUCUCACGGACACUAUUCCAUGCACUGUUUACAUUCUGCGGGUCAUACUCAACACGAGAGCUCGUACAGUCCAGCCUCAUCAUUUCCUAGAUCUUUAGGUUAUCCAUACGUAAACUCCGUCGGCAGCCAUUCCUCAAGUCCAUAUCUCAGUACAGUGCAAUCGUAUCAAAACAACUCGGCACUAACACAGACACGGUUAGAAGAUACAGGUAAGCUUUAAACUUCAUCCCUUUCGGCUCUAUAAUGUUCUUGGAACCUUUUGGUUUAUGUUUUUCGGUCCAGCAAACACACUUUGGAUUGGAAAAGCAACCCAGAUGUUGGGGUAUUAGGCUCGGUAAUUAUUUAUUGCGUAAUGCUAUAAACAAUGUAUGCAAUUAAGGGUCAUUAUACCUAAACCACAGCCUGUAAAACUUACACUGUGAUGUUCAUUGCUGUGCAGUGACGUUGGCGAGCUGUCUCCUUUGUAAUUUUGCUAUUGUCUCCCCUUCUCAGCACCAGAGACAGAGAAGAACACAGUUGUAGAAGGCGGAGAGGUGCGGUUCAAUGGGAAAGGGAAAAAGAUUCGCAAACCAAGGACUAUCUAUUCCAGUUUGCAGCUACAAACUCUAAACAGAAGAUUUCAACAAACUCAAUAUUUGGCACUGCCAGAGAGAGCCGAGCUCGCAGCUUCGAUGGGACUCACGCAAACACAGGCAAGUCAACGUUUGCUUUUACUUGUAUUUCCUAUAGGCCUAAUGCUUGCAGUUUCAUAUACUUUUGACCACGUUAAACAAUAGGCCACCAAUUGGUUACAUUGGCUAUUUAUUCUCUGUUUGUUUGGGUUAUAAACAACUGUUGUCCUGAUGUUAUCGAAUGUUUCGAAUUGAUUAUUAUCAUGCAGAUGUUCUAUGAAAAAGCUUACAAAUAUUUCGAGGCUGGGCCUAUGAAUCGGCUACACAUAAUUCUGGGUAGCUAUUUAUUCUACUUCUGUUAUUCUUCAUAGCUUUUCAAUUAGGCACUUAAUGGUGUUCAGCAAGCAUUUCGUCUUCAUUCAAUUGUUAUUUAAAAAGUCCAAAUGGUGCGUCACUGUCGCCUGGUCUAGAGUUUAUUGAAAUUGCCCAACUAGACAAUCUUAAUAACCAUGGUUAUCUCUCUCUUUUCAGGUAAAGAUUUGGUUUCAGAAUAAGCGAUCGAAGUUCAAGAAACUGAUGAAGCAAGGUGGUGGCACAAUUGACACAAACACUUUAGCCCAAUUUAAUGGUCACGGACCUACGACUGGAUCUCCGGUAGCACCGGUUUGGAGCUCACCGACCACCGUGAAAACAUCCGUGGGUACACCAGGGUCUUACAUUCCAAGUUACACCUCAUGGUAUCCAACUGCACACCAAGAGUCUAUGCAGCAACCGCAACUCAUGUGA